AUGGCUUCUGACGACCGUGUCGCCUCUCUCGCCGGCGGCGUCUCCAACGUGCACAUCAGCGACGGCGGCUCGGGCACCGGCCACAAGGAUGGCAAGCUGCACGUGGGCAAAGAAAAGGCCGACCGCGCCACGCGCGACCAGGUGCUCGACCGCCGCACCGAGGCCAUCGUCGAGGCCAUGGUGCGCAAGGAGCUCAUCUCGGAGCUGCAGGGCGUGAUCUCGACGGGCAAGGAGGCCAACGUCUACGCGGCGCCGCUGCACACGUUUGACGACGAGGACGGCACGCACACCAGCACGCUGUACCGGGCGGCCAAGAUCUACAAGACGUCGAUCCUGAGCUUCGUGGACCGCGAGCGCUACAUUGCGGGCGAGCACCGCUUCCGGGGCGGCGGGCACAAGGGCAACAACCGCAAGAUGGUCAAGAAGUGGGCCGAAAAGGAGUUCCGCAACCUGCAGCGGCUGAACCGGGCGGGCAUUGCGUGUCCGUACCCGAUCCAGCUCAAGGCGAAUGUGCUGCUGAUGGAGUUUCUGGGCGACGGCGACGGCCACGCGUUUCCGCGGCUGCGGGAUGUCGAGCUGACGGCGGCGGGGGCCGACGGUGACGAUGCCGGCGGCGAGGACAGCGAGGCCGCCGACGCCGACAUUGCCCGGCAGUGGCGCGCGCUGUACGUGCAGCUGCUGGGCCUCGUGCGGCGCCUCUACCAAGUCUGCCGCCUCGUGCACGCCGACCUGAGCGAGUACAACAUUCUGUACCACGCGCACACGCUGUACAUCAUCGACGUCUCCCAGAGCGUCGGCCACGACCACCCGCAGACGUACGACUUCUUGCGCAUGGACCUGCACAACAUCGGCGCCUUCUUCCGGCGCAAGGGCGUCGACACGCUGCGCGACCGCACCGUCUUUGCGUUUGUCACGGCGGCACCGACGGCGUCGCCUGUCCCGUCGGAUCCCGCCGCCGAUGCGGCCGAUGCGGCGGCUGCCAUUGAGGCGCUGUACGCGGCGCGGCCCAAGGAGGAGACGGCGGCCGCCAGCGGCGACAACACGGAGGCGCUGGCGGCGCUCGAGGUCGACAACGAGGUGUUCCGCGCGCAGUACAUCCCGCAGUCUCUGCACCAGAUCUACGACGAGGGCAUGGUGGCCCGCGGCGACGGACCUGUCGGUGGUGUGGAGGCGCUGCACGCCAAGGACAGCCUCUACGGCAACCUGUUGGCGGGUGAGAAGACCAAGAUUGGCGCGGAAGCUGACGCGAAUGACAUUGACGACGACGACGACGACGACGACGACGACGACGAGGAUGACUCCGACUCCGACAGCUCGUCCGUCAGCAACUCGGACAACUCAGACGACGAGUUUGGCCGGCCGCGCAAGCCGCGGGGCAAGCGCUUCGACGACAAGGACGAGAAGCGGGCGCACAAGCAUGCGGUCAAGGAGGAGAAGCGCGAGAAGCGCCUUGUCAAGAUGCCCAAGAAGGAGAAGAAGCGCAAGGUGAACACGACGUCGCGCAAGAAGAAAUAG